AUGGCGACUGGAAAUCCCAACAACCUUGGCGAGAUGAUCCCGCUCGCCGAUGCUGCGGACGAGGACCUCGGCCUGGUGCUCCCCGCGGUUUUCGCGGAGGCUGCGGCCGGCAUGCCGCCGCCUCGCCCGCGGCCGGCGCAUCGGCCUGUCUUGCCCUUCCGCGGCCGCGGUGUGGAAGGCAGAUCCGGUCGCGGUGCCUCGUCGCAGGCCGCGCCUACGCCUUCGGCCGCUGCGCCCGUCGCUGAUGCGUCGCGGGCGGACCGCAGCCGCACGCUGCUGUACGCUGGCGCGGAUGAUGAGGAUCCCAGCGCUGUAGGGCUCGACCUCACCGGCGAGCUGAGCCGCAUCAUUGACCAGCAUGCGGCGCUCGAGACCCAGACGGCGAUCCUCGAGUCUGAGUUCCAGGCGAAAGAAACAGCGUUGACUGAGCGUCUGGAGGUGGCUCUUCUGGAACGCACGGAGGCUCUCAGCGCCCAGGCACACGCAGACCUCCGGUCCGAGCGCGGGCUCAUGCAGCGCCGGUUGGACGAGGCGACAGCCGCGGCCCAACACGAGUGCCACGAGAGACUUGCGGUGAGCUUGCGCGAGCUCCGUGCGGCAGAGCAGCAGAUGGCGGCGACGGACCGCCAGCAGCUUGCCGGCACCCUGGCCGCGGAGUCUGCUGCAUACGCCGCUGCUGACCAGAGGCGCCGCGAGGAGUGCGAUGCGAUCCAUGCGCAGGCGCUCCGGAACCUCGAGGCGCAGCGCGUGGAGCUCAGCGCAGUGGUCUCCACGGCUUCCUCGCGCCUGGCCGCCGCGGGCGAACUGGAGGCCGCGGCUUCCAGGGCAGAGCAGCAGUCGUCCGUGUACGACGAGCCGCCUCGGCAUCCUUGGCACCGAGGCUCGGCCGCAGCUGGCGGGCAGCACGCCCGUGCUUUUUCCAGCGAUGCCCGCGUGGCUUCCGGCCGCGCCGCAGGACCUGCAGCUCCGGCAGCGCCGGCCGGCCUCGUCAUACAGGCGCCCACGGUGCCUGAGAUCAUCGCCGCAGCGAUGCCAGCCAUCAUGAGCGGCAAGUACAACCAGAUGCUCGUCGAGCUGUGCUGCUCUCCGGAGUCUUACCUGUCCGCCUUCGUCCCGGCCAGGUGCAUCGCCAUCCGCGUGACCGAGCAGCUUGACCUUACCGCCGAGAAGACCCUCCGAGCUGUUCAAGACAUUUUGAAGAGGGCGGCCCGUAAGAAGCUGAGGACCAUGAUCUGGACAGCCGUCCCCAUGGCGGUGACGCGGGCCUUGAUCACCAAUGUCGCGAAGGUGUGCGCUUACGCUCGUGACAAGGGCCAGGACGUCACCUGGGAGUGGCCUACAAACUCCGACCUGUGGUCGAACGACCGCGUGCACCAGCUGAUCAACACCGUCGGCGGCAAGUUCGUGAAGGUAUCGGCCUCCGCCGUCGGCCAGCAGCAUCAGCAUGCAGGCCGCGUGGUGUACACCCUGAAGGAGUGGACGCUGUGCUCCACGGACGACUCCGUUACGAUGAUUUUCGAGAAUUAUUCCGUCGACGAAGCUGCCGACAGCAAGGAGUUCGUCCGCUGUCGCGGGAAGAUUGCGAAGCAGACCGCCCAGUACACGGAGCAGUUCGCACGUCUCUUCUGGAGCGCUCGCCGUGCAGGCAUUUUACCUGCUGCUCCUGGCGUCCCGCGGUCCCGGGCAUUCUUCAAAAACACAUCCGCCAUCGACGACAGUGACGACGACCCGCGCCACGAGCAUCGUGAGCAUGAUGAUGGCUCGCCGCGCCACCCUCUGUGGUGCGCCCUCGUGACACGGCAGGUCUGGGACACCACCGAUGUUCACAGUUUGCGGGACCUUCUGAACGACGAGUCCCUUUCUGACGCUAUGCUGGGCCGGGUGUUUGCAAUUCUGGGGAUAAAAGGAGAAGAGCUUGGAAAAGAUGCCCAGCAAUGGAAGGCUAGAGUGGUAUUUCAAGGAUCCAACAUCCGAAGUAAGUCGGGCAUGUCGUCUGCAGACCUGUUCGAAGAAGUUGCCAAUGCUCCGGCAUCCUUCGCCGCGGCACGCGCUGCCCUGGCGGCCGCGGCCCUCGCCGGCCGGGAGGUCAGCCUGAGGGGCGCGGAGGCUGCGUACUUCCAGGCUCUGAUCGACACUCCGUUCCGGAUCCCCACCUACGUCGAGCUCCCACUGGAGUGGUGGCCAGACAGUUGGUUCUUGGACGGCGCAGCACGCCAGAGACCUAAGUAUGUCCGGCCUCAUUGCCGGCUCAAGAAGGCUCUGUAUGGCCACCCCGAGGCCGGGGCGCUGUGGGAAGCCAAGUCGAACAGCAUUCUCAAGCAGCGUGGCUGGGAGCCCGCUGGCCUCGACCAUCCUGGAGUUCAUGUGCACCCUGAUGGAGGCAUUUUCGUCGUGUACGUGGACGACAUGCUCAUGAUCGCUCCGCCGAGCAUCGCCGGGCCAUUUUGGAGGGCGCUCGACACGGCGAUCGUGUUCAAGGAGCGGGAGCAGGAGAUCGAGAGGUACUUGGGGGCCCGCUACACCAUGGACCCGGUCAACCCUGCCUGCCCGUCGGCCGCUCGCCGGCUCCACACGGACAUGGGCGACUAUGUGGCCAACGCCCUCGCCAGGUUCGCUAGCGAGUACGGGGGCAGCUGCGCCUCGCACGUUGCGACGUUGCUGUUUUUGUCCCGGGUCGCACGGCCACACAUCGCCGUCGCCGCGCAGCGCCUCUGUUCGGUGGUGUCAAGGUGGAGCACAACCCACGACGCAGCACUGGUUCGCUUGUACGCCUACCUGAAGGCCGCUGGCCCCAUGGCCCUCGCCGCCGAGAUGGCCCCCGACGACAUCUUCGACCUGGAGCUCCUGAUGUGGCCGGACGCCGACUGGGCUGGCGACUCAGAGCACACGAAGUCUGCAGGCGGCGUCCUGGUGGAACUUCACAGCCCGACUUCCGGUCGACGCUGGCCGCUUUCAAGGGCUGUUUGCAAGCAUGCGUCCACGGCCGGCUCGACAGCCGAAGCGGAGACGGUGGCUCUCAGCCACAACACCAAGCACGAGGGCAUUCCCACGCAGAUGCUCCUCGAGCGGAUGCUUGGCAUCGACAUCCCGCUGGUGGUGCUCGUGGACAACACGCAGGCCAUCUCUGCGGUCACUAAGGGCUACAGCAAGAAGCUGAAGUUCUUAGAGAGAACCCACAAGGUGUCCAUCGGGUUCUUGCACGAGCUUGUGGUGGAGCGCGGCGCGAUGAUCCUCAAGCACGCGCCCACCGCGACGCACCGGGGCGACGGCUUCACGAAGGCCAUGUCCCCGGCAAGGUUCAUGGAGGCCCGCGACCUCAUGGGCAUGAUCCGCACCAGGCUUGCCGUGGGCUCGGCACUGGCGUGGCUGUGUGGGCGGCGAGACAGGGGCAGGGGCCCGGGCCCUGCGCGGUGGCCCUCGCCCGCGGCGCCUCCGGGCCUGGCCCGCGGCUUCGUGGGCGCCGCGGCGGCCGGGCGGUUCGCCCCGGUGACCGGCUCGGCAGCUGGCGGGCGACCUCGCAGCCCGAGGCCCGGCACGGUCGGGCUGGGUACGGAAGGAGAUCCCGUGCGCUCGGGCACCGCUGGCUACAUCCUGCCUUCCAACCCGUCGCUGCUGGACCUGCCGGCGCACGGGUGCGGCAUACGGCCACCAGCGCCGCCGAAGCCGAGGCCUGCGCCGUGCUGCGCCGGUGCCCCCGGCGGUGUUGCCCGGUUCUUGGAGGUGACGCUGGCUGGAGCUGCAGAGCUCGAUGUCGAUGGGCUCGCUCCUGAGGCCUGUCUCUUCACCGCGACCGCCCACUAUCCGGACGAGGGUGCCGAGGCUGCUGCAUCGCGCAUGCUCGAGCCGGUGCAGGCUUCUUGCCCGCUCAGGAACUCGGUGAAUGCGGACUGCCUGCUCGAGGGCCAGAUCCGUGUGCCGUUCAACUCUCGGCAGCAGUUUCUGAAGGUGGGUGUUUAUCGGCGUUCCGCACACCGAGAUGUGCUGGUUGGCGAGGCCACGGUGCCGUUCGCCGACCCCGUGGCGGGCCAGGUCGGUGAGUGGAGCUUGCUGCGCGACUUCGAGGAGGUCGGCUGCAUCAGCCUGAGCGUCAGCGAGCCGCUCGACGUGCCAGGGGCGCCGACCGAGGAGGCCGCCUUGUGCGCAGCGGCGGCGGCGGCUCCGAGGCCGUCGAGCGCUGCAGCCGCACGCUCUGGGACAACUCCCCUCCGCUGCCGCCGUUCAGCACGGUGUGCGACGACGUGCCGGUGCCGACGAUCCCCGCCGGCGCUGGCGCACUGGCGGGAGCCGCCGAGGUCCCCGAGGCGCCAGAGGCGAUGGUGGAGCCCCCGUCGGCGCCGCUCGCGGUCGGGGACCCGGUGCAGGUCUGGUCGCGGAGCGCGGGGAGGUGGGAGACCGGCGUGGUGA